AUGAAGCUGCAUGUGGUCGUUCCUCUGUGUGCUCUGCUCACUCUCACCCAACAGACACCUUCACGUGAUGUGAAUUGUAUGUGUGAGCUGACUCAUUCAGAGAAGGCAUUCCCUCAUGACAAACUCAGCACAGCGGAGGACAGUGCAUCAAAAUGCAACAGUAACCUCACUCCACAGAAGACUCUGCAGCUGGAGAGUCUGCUGCUGGGUUUAGAGCGACGUGUGCUCCAGCUGCAGGAAGAUGUGUCCGUGCUGGAGAGAGAGGAUGACGGACAGCUCUACUCAGUUCUCAGCCUGCUGGUGGUAGAGAAUGAACUGCUGGAGAUCAAGCAGCUCAUCAACAGGCUCAACAGGACCAUGCUGGCACACCAGUGGCUAACUACUAAUACCACUAAAGAGCUGGAUGACCUGAGAGCAGAGAUGCAGGAGCUGGAGACAUAUGACACCAUGCAGGUGGUGAAGAGAGAAAAAGACAACCAGCGUCUGAAGAGGGACCUGGACCAGUGCAGGGAUGGACUUCAACCCACCACCCUACCCACUCAGCCUCCACAUGGUUACUGUCCCCACGGCCAGUUUCGGAACGUUACCGGGCCGAGGGUCUACACGGCAGGAGAGUACCCUGGGUCCUACGCGUAUGGAGCCUGGGGUCGGGAUCCUAAACCAGAGGCGGGGAAGGAGAACUGGUAUUGGAUGGUCAUACUGACCUCCAGCGACAAGUUCUCCAACUACGUCCGUUUCUACUCCAGCCUGAGCGCUCUCAUUGUAGGUGUGAGCACACCAGGUGAUGUCCAGAUCCACUCCUCUAACCCAACCACCAACACCAUCCAGGGUCCAAACGUGGUGCUGUAUGGAGGGGCCUUGUACUACAACUGUUACAACCAAGAUGCUGUUUGUCGAUUCAACCUCACCACCAAAGCUGUUACCACCUUACAGCUGCCCAAAGGCACCAGGUUUAACUCAAAGGGUAACUUCUGUCACCUCGAUGACUGCUACUUGUUCACAGACCUGGACCUGGCCACAGAUGAGUCAGGCGUCUGGGUGAUCUAUACCACCACCCAGGACUUUGGCUACAUGGUGCUAUCCAAGGUGGAGGAACCACUGGCGCUCGGCCAAACCUGGCGCACCUCGAUCUACAAGCAGGGGGUGACCAACACCUUUAUGGCGUGCGGAGUGCUCUACGCAACCCGGUAUGUCAACAAAGACACUGAGCAGAUCUUCUAUUCGUUCGACACCACCACAGGAGUAGAAAGGUUCAACCUCGACAUCUUCAUCAACAAGAUGUCUCCCAACAUUUAUUCUCUGAACUACAGCCCUGUGGACCAGAUGCUGCACGCCUACUGUAACUCCUACAUGGUUUCCUACAAGGCUUUGUUUUCGUGAAAGGAUAAUGCUGACAACAUUUUCUAUACCUGUAUUUUAAAAAUGGCUUAAUUUGAAUCAUGUCAUACUCAGUAUCCUGCUACUCUCGGUUUAUUUUCUUCUGUCUUUUUCAUUUUGUAAGUUCAGUUGUUUCUACUCCACUGUUCUUUCUACUAGUGGCAACACAUAACCAUGAUGAAAUAUAAUGGCAGUGAUCGAAACAUCCCAGUGAGUUUGUAAAACGUUGAGUUAUUAUAGCUGCCUCUUACACCUUUAGCUCCUAGUGUACAGCUAAGUACACUAGUAUUGACCCAGGCCCACAUU